AUGUCUACCUGCAGGAAGAGUAGAGAUAUUGAGACAAAAAAGGCCUUGGUGAUGCUUAGGCUUCUCAUCCAGAAGCUACAAAGGGGUCUCUCAGUGUUGGCACCUAGAGGACCUGAGGUUCUCAGAGAAGUCCAAGUACCAGCAACAAUGGUGCCGGAUGAUGUAAGCGAAGGACAUUUUGCUGUUUUUGCGGUCAAAGGUGAGGAAACAAAAAGGUUUGUUGUUGAGCUGGACUACUUAACAAACCCUGCAUUCUUAAGGUUGCUGGAGAGGGCUAAGGAAGAAUAUGGAUUCAGACAGAAAGGAGCUCUUGAAAUCCCUUGUCCACCCCAGGAGCUACAGAAGAUUCUCGAUGACAGCAGGGACAAGACUGCAUGGGUGAAGCUAGUGCAGCCCUUCUGGCUUCUAGAAUUGCAGUCUCCUUUGGCUGCCCCCGCCUCAUCAUUGAAGGGGACUCCUUGCUUACCAUCCUUGCUGUAA